CGGUCGCCUCGUAGUAUAAAAAGUCCUCGCCACCCUUCAUUCAGGCAAGACAUUUACUGCAGAUAUAUCGUUGGAGGUUUUUUUAUUUUUUUAUUUACCCAAAAAGGUAUUUUCAAAUGGGCCCCGUCGCCUAGCGUUUACUCUCCUAAGCCUCGCCGAUUGAGUUGGGUGCUGUUAAACGUCAGCACGGCUGGGUAACAAAAAGGGUUUCUAACGCAUGAUUCAACAAGUUCGUGAGAAUGGCAGCGAUCAACGCAGGCGGUUCUCUUGUGGCAACCCAUGACUACCACCGAAGGCGCAUCGGCUCCACCUCCAGCAGCAGCAGCUCCUGUGGCAGCUCAGAGUACAGCGGGGAAAUCAUUCCACAUCAUCAUCCAGGUCUGCCAAAACAAGACUCGGGACAUUGGUGGUCCAGCUUCUUCUUUGGGAAGCAGAACCAGCCAGGAAUGACCACUCUGACGGAGGAGGCCCAGCAGAAGACGGCGGCCAUGACUCUGACCAACGGCCAGGUGACCUGCGUUGCCAGGGAGAUGGUGAUGAAGAGGCAGGUCAGCGACGUCGAGAGGUCCGAGUCGGCGAGUCCACCCCCCUCCUGAGGCGAGAAGGGACCAACGCUAGGAGACGGGAGGCUGCUUUCCACCCCCCCCCCCCCCCCACUAAACCCUUUAAUUCUGUUCAAUCCUCCACACUACAUAGAAAGUAUGAAACAAUGUAUCAGGAAUACAAUGUAGUAUGCUAGCGUAGGUAUUGGAACAGACCCCCCCCCCCCCCCCUUUAACCAUACACUAUGGCUGCAUCGCAAAUAGCAUUCUGUGCACUACUAUUGACCGAAGCCCAUUUGGGUUAUGGUCAAAAGUAAUUCAUUAGAUCGGGUGCUGUUUAGGCUGUAACAACGUUCCCAACAUCCACGUUAGCAAACUACGUAGAAUGAAUAUCAGUCACUUUGCUACUCGCUAAGCAUUAUGGGUAUUGGAACAAUUAUUUGUUUGUCUUAGUAAGACAGGCUGCCAAUGUAACUUUUUGUAUCCUAUUUUUUUUUUUUUUUUUUUUUGUAUGACUAAAAAUAAAAUGAGGAACUAUA